CAAGGAAGGCUCCCAUCCUUGGGUUUGAAGAGAGCUUGCUGUUGCUUUGGAGCUCUGAAAUAGGUGCAGGAUCCUUCUGAGCAGGAGAUUUCUUCACCUGACAAAAAGCAGCCGUGGAUUGAGCUUCAGAAAAAACUUGGCUUUUCAGAGAUGCCUGCAGGUCAGAGCUUCAGGAAAACCAAGAGGGAAAUUAAAGAGGAAUAUACAGGAGAUGCAAAGCAUUGUAGGAAAAAGAAUGGCCAUCUCUUGAAGAAGAAGCUGUCUAUGCUGACGUUAUUCUCUGGGCAUUCAAGAGAUGUAAUCCCCCGGGAAAGGAAUUUGCUCUUUGAUGAGAAAAAAAGAGGUUUGCAAAGAAAAAAUUCCAAGAAGAUUAAAGCACCGCGGGACAACGCAUGUUCGUUGGAGAAGUUUCCUUCAGGGAAAAUGUGCCCCAAAUGUGAAAUCCUCAUUUGCAAAGUGUGUAACAUGCUGCACACUGACAGCAGCUUCAUUGCACACAGCUUGCUGGACCACUAUGAUAAAGGGAGGCACUCCUUCUGCUGUUCUGAUUCUGGAUCUCCCCAGGACCACCAUGAUUGUAAGCACAGUCCUGGGCUGGUUAUGAGUUCUUUUCAGAUCAUGUAGUUUCCCGGCAUUUGAAAUGCACGUGCCCAUGACUCUGCAGAGACAAAGCCAGAGUGGGCGAUUUGUGGACUGUAUGUACCCCAGCUCCUUAAUGUGUCAGCUAAGUGCCUCUCGUUCAUGUGCUCGGGAAGCUUUUUAACCUGUCAAAUCUGUGUUUAGGGUUAAUAUGUGGACUUGCCAACAAGGUGCAGGGAGGCAGAUUCCCUGUGCUGCACUCAGUGGAACUAAUCUCAGCUGAUAAACCAGGUCACAUAACACAGAUUUGGCAAGUCAAGCUAGUUUUGUAAUAUAUAUUUAUUUAUUUGUGGCGUAUGGGUUGUUUUGUCCAGAAAUUUCUGUUGCAGCU